CUUGCGGAAGACGGGCCCAAGACCCGUGGGACAAGGGCCGCCCACUGCAUACUCUGCACGCGCUUACUCCGCACGUAGGUCAGUCGUGCAGCGCUUUGCCAGGCAGCUCCUGUGUGCAUCAGCGACAGUGUUACGCGCUAGACUGCGCUAGACAGCUAGCUGUUUCAAGCUUCAGGGAGCUUCUCCCGCCCAGAUGACAACGGACCGCCUUGGAUCCACGCACGUUUUUGGCGCGCCGAGAUUGGCCAAUCUGGCCAGUACAAGGAGAGCUCCAGUUAUCACAGCGGCUUUCACAGCUCAUCCAUAGACCAUACUACCGGCCGAGCUGAUACCGGAGAGUACUUGCAGCAGGACUCUCGCAUUCCGGCACCGGCAGUAGCCAGCUAGCCGCUGUUCUUUCUCAACCAGAAUGGGCCGCUCCCCGCAGCCGUCGCGCGCGGCGGCGCUGCUACUGCUUCUGGGCGUCGCGCUUGUGGCGGGCCCGGCGUUGGCCGCUGAGGGCCCCCGCCGCGCUCUGCGCCAGGCCGCGGGCGCCAACGCCAACGCAGCCGCGGUCGCCCAGGCCGCCGGCGCCGGCAACGCGCAGGCCGUCGCGCAGGCGCUCGCGAGUGCAAGCUCCAACAGCAGCGGUCUGGCUCAGGGCCUGGCUCAGGCCGCAGCCGAGGGAGGUGCCGCGUCCAACACCACCGCCCAGGCUAUCGCCCAGGCGUCCGCGCAGUCCUCCGGCAACACCGCCAACGCCCUGGCUAACGCCCUGGCUCAGGCCUCCGCCCAGGGCAACGCGGCCGCCGUGGGACAGACCCUGGCCCAGGCCGCGGGCCAGAGCGGCGCCGCAGCCAACGCCGUCUCCAAUGCCAUUGCCCAGGCUGUGGGCAACAGCAUCGCCAGCGCCAACGCGGCCGCCCAGGCCAUUACCCAGGCCGCAGCCCAGGGCGGCGCCGCCUCCACCGCCGCCGCCAACGCCAUCGCCAAGGCCGCGUCCGCUUCUCCCACCAACGCCGCGCAGGCCAUCGCCCAGGCCAUCGCCACCUCCCAGGCCAGCGGAAGCCCCGCCCAGGCCGCGGGUGUCACUGGCGCCGUGACUCGGGCUGUGGAGCAGGGUGGAGCCACCACCGCCGCCGCCGUCGCGCAGGCCUUCGUGCAGGCCGUCAACGGCGGCAACGCCAGCGCUGUGGGGUCCGCCAUCGCCAACGCCGCGGGAGCUGGCAACGCCUCGGCCGCCGCCGUCGCGCAGGUCCUGGCUGCCGGCUACGCACUGAACAAGAGUGACAUCAACGCCAUCGCCCAGGCCCUCGCCAUCGCCUACGGCAAGAACGCGUCCGCGGUCACCUCCGCCAUCGCCGCCGCCCUGGUCCUGUCCAACUCUGCUGCCAACGCGACCGAGGGCGCCGGCUAUGCCACCGCCACCGCUCUGGCCAACGGUACCUCCAGCCCCCUCGGCGCCGCCUAUGCUGGAGCCCUGGCUCAGGUCGUCGCGGCGGGCGGCUGCGGCGCCAUCAGCAAGGUCCUCGCGGCUGCCCAGGCCGCCGCCCAGGCCGCCGGCAACGCUGGCGCCCUGGCUUCCUCCAGCGCCGCCGCCACCUGCCUCAAUCUGUCGCCGCCACCCAGCGCCACCACCACCGGCACCCCCGCCUCCCCCUCUCCCGCCCCCACCCCCGCCGCGCCCUCCGGCGCCUAUGCCAGUGCCUCCGCCCUUGCCCAAGCCAUCGUGAGCGGCGCCGGCUCGAACGCUGUCAGCCCUCCGGCCGGCGGCGGCACCACUUCCGCCGUCUCACCUUCGCCGUCGCCCUCUCCUUCGCCCUCACCUUCGCCGUCACCCUCUCCUUCGCCCUCUCCCUCCCCGUCACCGUCGCCCUCUCCCUCACCCUCCCCCUCCCCCUCGCCCUCUCCGGCCCCCGCUCCCUCCGGUGGUGCUGGCGGCAACGCUACCGCUGUCGCCCUGGCGGCGGCGCGGGCUGCUGCCAGCGGCGGUAACGCCACCGCUGCUGCCAUCGCGGCGGCGCAGGCUGCAGCUCAGGCCACCGGCGGCAACGCCCAGGCCGCAGCCCAAGCGGCUGCCCAGGCCACUUCCGAGGCCACCGGUGGCAACUCCACCGCCGCGGCCCUCGCCAGUGCCACCGCCACCGCCAUCGCCUCUGGCUCCAGCGGCGCCGCUACCGGUGCCUCGCCCAGCCCCAGCGGCGGCGGCGCUACUGCCGAGGCCUCCCCCUCUCCCUCCCCGUCUCCCUCGCCCUCCCCCUCCCCCUCUCCCUCCCCGUCGCCCUCUCCCUCCCCGUCGCCCUCUCCCUCCCCAUCUCCCUCCCCCUCGCCCUCUCCGGCCCCCGCUCCCUCCGGUGGUGCUGGCGGCAACGCUACCGCUGUCGCCCUGGCGGCGGCGCAGGCUGCUGCCAGCGGCGGUAACGCCACCGCUGCUGCCAUCGCAGCGGCGCAGGCUGCAGCUCAGGCCACCGGCGGCAACGCCCAGGCCGCAGCCCAGGCGGCCGCCCAGGCUACUUCCGAGGCCACCGGUGGCAACUCCACUGCCGCGGCCCUCGCUAGUGCCACCGCCACCGCCCUCGCCUCUGGCUCCAGCGGCGCCGCCACCGGCGCCUCGCCCAGCCCCAGCGGCGGCGGCGCCACUGCCGAGGCCUCCCCCUCUCCCUCCCCGUCGCCCUCGCCCUCUCCCUCCCCAUCGCCAUCGCCUGCUCCCUCCCCGUCGCCCUCGCCCUCUCCCUCCCCGUCGCCCUCGCCUUCUCCCACCCCUUCGCCCCCUGCCGGCGGCCCUGCCUCGGCCUCCGCCCUGGCCAACGCUAUUGCCCGCCUGGGCGGCAAUGUGGCACCGUCGCCUGCGAGCACCCCCCCCUAAGCAGCUAGCUAGGGGCAGCUGAUGACACGAAGCGCCGCUGUUCGAGAGCGGGACCAAUCGGGCUGCAUGUAUCACCAAUUCAGUUGUUAUCUUCCUUAGCAUCCGGCAGAGCAUUGCGCCAUUGUUUGCAUGUAGUGUUUGAUAGUGCAUUCCUUUUCAAUCAACGGGUCGUGUGCCGCAGGACACCUCCCUUUUUCACUAUUAGCAGUAUGUCCAUGCCAAGUUACGUACAUGGCAAGGUCCGGAGUGCAUGCGUGUCCCACGCAAUAAGACUUGACCGCAUGCAAGUGCUGCGGCGCCAUGGAGAGACAUGCAUGUUGACGUAGCGACACGGGGCGUGUGCAUGGCGAUGCAUUGGAACAAAGCACGAUGCGGCGCAUGUGUAGGGCAGUCGACUCCCACGAACGUUCUUACUUUUCCUGAUGCGCAUGGGAAAGUGCUACCACCACUACACCCACCGAGUACGGACGCAAAUGCAUACCACAUGUGCCGAACAUGAGCGAACAAGGGGUGCAACUAACGAGGCCUGCGCACACUUGCCCACAUGCUACAUGACACAAAUGAUGUUACGGUAUGCGGCGCUCGUGCGACGCAAGAGACGAUGUCGGGAUGCGGGAGACCGGACACAACGAGACACGGGUGGCACAGUUGCAAGUGUGGGAGUUGCCAGUGGCGCACAGCAUGCUCGCUUGCUUGAUCCCAAGCGCAUACAGCACGCAUGGACGGAUACCGCGCACGCGCACAUUUAACAUACACGGCGAUCCCGCACAUUGCGGAAGCGUGCCACGUGCAUUUCGCAUGUCGCUUGCCAUGCACCUUGGUGGUAUGUGCGUGUGUCGCAGCAGCCUGGUCAGGGAAUGCGGCAGGGAUUCAAGAGGGUUGGCACUGGUUGGCAAGCAGUACAGAGGUGCAAUCGCCAUACGGAUGGUCGGUGGGACGGAAGAGGAAAGGUCGAUGGAACACGUGUGUAAUACGUACAGGCC